GGUUUGACAGAAGAGAGACGGAGAGAGACGAUAUGCUUUAUCUCUCUUGCACGAUACGUGUAAAUGUAUUUAUAUCAAUUCGAUGAAUGUUAACUAAUUAUAAAUUGAGACCUUGAAAUAUAUUUUAUUAUAUACAUAUACGUGAGCUGGAGCUCACGUCGUGUAAAAUAAUGUAAAUAACUUUUGACCGGUAUUUUAAUAACCUUCAAAAAUUGAUCAUGUUUAUCGACUACACUGUUGAUUAUUGUGUAAGACUUUCUCGAAGAGGGGACAAAUACUCAAUCCUAGGACCGCUCUGUCAUCAUCAGGGGAGGGAUAGAUAACCCCCUGCUACGAAUCAGCAAGUCUCAUCAUCCCAAACAACUGUAUUCUCUCUGCAAGUUAACAUAUUCUUCCUCGACCUCGAGAUUUACAGUUGUGUAUUUAUUACUUUGUUAUAUUGUGAGGAUAUAAAAAAUAUUUAUGCAUCAUGUUAUACAGAAGUCGUUAUGUACUGAGGCAGUUUCGGCUUUUUGUGAGAUCUUAUCAUGAAGAAGCAUCUCUUAUUGGCAGUACGCAAGAUACCAGUUCAUCAAUUUAUCAGGAGAAUUAUGCACAAAUGAAAGUCCUUGUUGAUCAAUUGAAAAACACUGUAGAGAAGAUAGUUGAGGGUGGUGGACAGAAAGAGAGAGAGAGACAUAUAAGCAGAGGAAAGCUUUUAGCUCGGGAACGAAUAAAUAUUCUCUUAGAUAAGAACUCACCUUUCUUAGAAUUUUCACAAUUGGCGGGUUACGAGAUGUAUGAUAAGGAGGAAGUGCCAGCAGCUGGGAUUAUCACUGGCAUUGGAAGAGUAAAAGGCACUGAAUGUUUGAUAAUAGCAAAUGAUGCGACUGUAAAGGGUGGUACUUUUUAUCCUAUAUCGGUUAAGAAACAUUUACGUGCUCAAGAAAUUGCAGAAGAAAAUCGCUUACCUUGUAUAUAUCUAGUUGACAGUGGAGGUGCAAAUUUGUCUAAACAGAGUGAGGUAUUUCCUGAUAAAAUGCAUUUUGGUAGAUCUUUUUACAAUCAAGCAAAUAUGAGUGCUAAAGGCAUACCUCAAAUUGCAAUAGUUAUGGGAAGUUGUACUGCAGGUGGUGCUUAUGUUCCUGCUAUGGCAGAUGAAAGUGUUAUUGUUGGUAAUCAGGGUACAAUAUUUUUGGCUGGUCCACCACUGGUAAAAGCUGCAACCGGUGAAGAGGUUUCAGCAGAGGAUUUAGGAGGAGCUGCACUUCAUUGUCGACAAUCCGGCGUCACCGAUCACUAUGCAACAGACGACACACAUGCAUUGCAUCUGGCACGUCAGAUUGUAAAAAAUCUAAAUCGACAACCAUCUAUGGACCUUAAAAUCAAUAAGAAUAUUGAAUUGCCUGUACACGCCGUUGAUGAGAUCUAUGGUAUCGUUGGAACGAAUUUGAAACGUCCGUUUGAUGUGAAGGAAGUUAUUGCAAGAAUCGUGGAUGGAUCAAAAUUCCACGAAUUUAAAGCACAAUAUGGUGAAACUUUAGUCACAGGAUUCGCUCAAAUUUACGGUUAUCCUGUGGGCAUUGUCGCAAACAACGGUGUAUUAUUUUCUGAAAGUGCUCAGAAAGGGGCUCACUUUGUGCAACUUUGUGCUCAAAGAAAAAUUCCUCUCAUCUUUUUACAAAAUAUCACUGGAUUUAUGGUGGGUAGAGCUUCAGAAUCCGGAGGUAUCGCCAAAAAUGGUGCUAAGAUGGUAACAGCGGUGGCCUGCGCUCAAGUACCGAAGAUUACAGUAAUAAUCGGGAGUUCUUAUGGAGCUGGAAAUUUUGGAAUGUGUGGCCGAUCUUAUUCUCCACGGUUCCUCUAUUCUUGGCCAAAUGCUCGAAUUGCCGUAAUGGGAGGAGAGCAAGCAGCUGGGGUAUUGGCGCAAGUAAAAAGGGACCAACGUGCAAGAGAAGGCAAACAGUGGACACAAGAAGAUGAAGAAAAUCUCAAAAAUCCAAUUAUACAACAAUUCGAGAAGGAAGGCAAUCCGUAUUACUCUAGUGCUAGACUAUGGGAUGAUGGUGUGAUCGAUCCAGUCGACACGCGUCUUGUGCUUGGCCUAAGCUUAUCUGCAAGUCUGAAUGCGCCUAUACCUGACACUAAGUUCGGAAUUUUCCGAAUGUAAAAGGUGCGUAUAAAAUUGUAAUGUGAAAGUAUACAAAAAUACUAUAUUAAUGUUAAAUUUUAUAUAUACUAUUUUAUCUGACAUAUAAUCCAAAGAUAUUUUAUAAUGGAUAUAUUUU